AUGUCAUUAUACAAUAACUUGGUGUUCAUUAUAUUAUUGAGCGAAAUAGUGGCUUUUACUAUCCUAUCGUUGCCAUUGCCAUCAAAGGUUCGUAGACCUUUGACGUUGACAAUCAUUAAACCGUUCCAAAAUCAAAAGGUGCAGACUAUAAUCAAAUGUGUUAUUGUAUUCAUUCUAAUAUUAUUCGUUGAUUCGAUAAAUAAAGUCUACAAAGUUGAAUUGGAAUUGAAAGCUCAUUCCAUCACUGGUUCUGUCGUUCAAACCUCCACAAGUACAGAUAGAGUAGAAAUACAUUCAAGAAAAUUUUUGGCUCAAAGGAAUAUGUAUUUAACGGGUAUUACACUAUUUUUAUCAUUUGCGGUCGUGAGAGCUUUCAAUUUAGUUACUGAGUUAUUGAAAUUAAAAGAAAAAUAUCAAAAGUCUGAGGAUAAAGCUUCAUUGGAACAUUUAAAGGGUGAUGAAAAAGAAUUUUUAACUAAGAAAGGAGAUGAAAAAGACGUUGAAGAAAUUAAGCUAUUGAUUGAAAAGAAAAACAAUGAAAUAAAGAGAUUGAAAGAAAAAGCUCUUGCUUUACAAGCAGAAAUCAAAUAA